AUGUCCUUAACAAUCCAUGUCGCGCACACGGGCAACAGAGUCGUCGCCGAGCCGACAAAGGUCAACAGCCUCGAUGGCCUCCGCGCCCACGUGCACCGCGCCGUCAACAUAGCCCCGAACAAGCAGGUCUUCUUGACCAACAAGGGCAAGGCCGUGAGAGCGCAGACUCUGCUCACCGAGCCCGAAAUCUACGUCUUUGACUCGACCUCCUUCUCACCAAACAACACCACCCUCUCCCUCAUCCCGGACCCGGCUCCUCUCAAGCCCGACGCUCCUCCCGACUCGAUCGCCAACCACGACCAGCUUCAGUCAUGGAACGACCUGUUUCACCGUCGCCUCGAAUGGGCGAGAGCCCUGCGUGCGCAAUACGUAGACCGCAUCGACAGCACCCAGCGCUAUCAACAAGAGCAGGCCAUCAUCGAACAGAGCGUCAACGUAGCCGUCAUGAGCCUGCAGCUUCACAUUCGCUCCACCGAGCAGAAGUACCACCACGAGGAGGACUGGGUUGAGAACUUGCUCAAGCAACAAGAGGCCCACAUCGACAACUGGGAGAGACACCUCGACCUCUUGCGCCAUAUCCCUGCCAUGCCUCAAUUCGCUCGCUACAUCCAAGCCCAGAGUCCCGUCUCCCUACAAGACUCCGCAAACCACGACCGUGUCACUCUGCAACACUUUGUCCACCUUGACCACGUCAGAUCCGCCGCCUCGUCUGCAACCAACAUCAUGACCACCUUUGCUCAGAGAGUCUAUUCUAUUCAGCAAUCUCUACACUCUACCGCAAAGGACAGUGACUCUCUUCUCGCAGCCGUCCAAACCCUUCACACCAGUCGUCUUGACAACACUGAUGAGCCAGCAAAGCUUCUAGACGAAGUCGAUAUCAUCGUAAACAAAAUGUCUAGUGACCUGGAUCAUGUGGCUUCCUUGCCUAAGAACGCCCAGAAUGCAGCGCGCGCUUCCAAAAUGGCCCUGUUGCAUACACGGAACUAUUUGCCUCAUCUCGAUGAGCUGUGUAUCGACCUCAACUCUCUGGUCCAUCAGACGAUCCAAGAGCGUAACAAUGCUGCUCAGAACUUCCUGCAUCACAUGCAGACUUUGUCAAGCAUCGAGUCUCGCCUAGCUCAGGUCCACUCGAGUCUCAAAACUCUAAACAUGUCGCAGAGCGAUGAGCAAGUCUUUGACACUCUCAACGUCUUGUCCAAGCUUCCCUUUGUCUAUGGAGCUCUCAUGAUCGAAGCCGUGCGUCGUCGUGAAUGGGCUGUCAAGAUGAAAUCUGACUCUGCCACUCUCGCCGAAGAGAUGGCUACCUAUCAGGAAGAGGAAGAACGCCGUCGCUCCAAAUGGCUGAAGUCUGUUGAUGAUGUUGUCAAGGCUGAAGUCUUUGAGGGGAAGCCUCUCAGCGUAGAAGUGAAUCUCCAGGCAGAUGACCUUGAAUGGCCUAUCGUGCAGAGACAAACUUUGCAAGAAUACAUCCAGAUCCUGACCGAGCUUGAAUUGCCUGUCGAUAUCAUACAGCCACUGUCAGUCGCCAUCAAAGAUCUCGACCGACCAACAAAAAAGCAAAUCAAGCAUGCAAAGACGUUCAAGAACGGGAGCAUGCACGAAGCUGCUUUCGGAACCACAUCUCUCAUGCUCCGUGGGGAGGACGAGUACAAGGUCCUCAGAGAGGCGAACCUCAAACUUGAAGAAGAGCUCAAAGGUCAAAAAAGUCGAGUUCGAAGACUGGAAGAUAUCCUCCACCGCCAUGCUCACAUGAACCGCGCUACCUCGGGCGAUAGUUUCAGGCCCUCGAUCGAACUGGUUUCUGACAUGGUUACCCCGACUCCACCAUCACCGAGGCCCACAGAAGAAUUCGUGAGGCAGACUGUCGGCUCUAGACAUCCAUCAUCUAGUCUCGCCACUGAAGAAGGUAAACUCGCAAACCGUAUUGUUUCACUGGAAGCCGAACUGCAUACUAUGAAGGAGUUUUCUCUCAACCUCGAGAAAGAUGCCGAGACCAGGAAGCAGAAAGAAGCAGAUGGUCAGCGCGAAAUCGAAGAAGCCGUUUCCACGAAGAAGGAUAUCAUGCAAAACAUGGAAGCGCAGCAAAGAGAGUUUGCAGAUGAGCGUAGAGUCUUGGAACAAGACCUAGAUCAAGCGCGACAUCGCAUCGAAGAGCUUGAAGAUGAAAUCGACAGGCUACUAGGCAGUCGUGAUCAGGAAGUUUCUGGUAUCGACGCAAGAGCCAAGACACUCGAAGCCGAGAUCGAACACAUGAGGCAAUCUGCUGAAGAAGCAGAGUUGAGGCAUCAGAACGAUCUCCGAGACGUUCAGUCGUCGUACAAAACACAGCACGACGAGAACCAACGCUUGAAAGAAGAACUUCGAACACUUAGAGAAAGUCAAGAAGAACAAGAACAGCACGACUCGGAUCACGUUCGAGCUCUUCAAACGACACACAAGCACCUCUCACCUGCCAAUUCACCACCCGAAAAGUAUGCGGAUCUGGUUUUCGCAUUGGAAACUCUGGCACAGAAGUCUACAGACCAUGUCAAAGAGCUGAGCGAUGCCAUCGCACUUGCAAGAUCAGAGUCAGAGUCUCUUCGAUCCCAAAGUAAGAUUCAGAGAGUCGAGCUCAAGUCAGCAAAAGCCAAGCAGGCUGUGACCGAGGCUGAACUCAUUCGUUUGCAAGAUGAAAUGGAGGCAGAAAAGGCGCAUGCCGAAUCAUUGGCAACCUGCCUUGAAGACGAACGUGAGCAGCUGCGUAAGCUUCGCUCCAAAUUCGCUGAUGGAGAGACUGGCUCAGAUGUGCUUCGUCAGCGUGUCUCGGAGGAGGAAGGUAGAGUCAUUCAACUCUCAGAAAGGCUCUCGGACGCUCAGGCUCAUGCGGCCAGUCUCGAUGUUGAGAUUAUGCGAGUGCAGAAACAGCUCAAUGAGGCGACGUCCACAGCUGCCUCUGUCGAAGAACAAUUCAGACAACGUGGUGUUCGUGCAAAGGAGAUCGCACAGCGUCUGUAUGCUCAGAACACACGACUCUUACGACUGCUCGAAGCUCUUGGCUUUGUCGUUGCUCACAAAGAUGGCAACAUGAUUAUAGAGCGAGCUUCGAAGGUCACCGCAAGUACUACAUUCGACCCGACCUCGAGUCUGACCCGUGCGAUCUCCAUGUCCUCACCUCCUCCGACACGUAAAUCGUCAGCCAUCCCUGAUGACACUUCGUCCUUGACCUUCUUGCACUGGACCGAAGCCAGCAAUGCGACAGAGGAAGAAGUACAAUUCGCUGACUACAUGGACCACAUCUCUCUAUUCAGCACCGACAUCUUCAGUGAGGCCAUCAGCAAGCGUCUGCGAGACUUCGAAUACACUGCUCGUAAAUGGCAGAAAGAGGCGCGCGGACACAAGGAGAAGAAUACACGCCUGCAAGCCGAGUCUUCUGCCAAGAUUGCUGUUAGAGAUUUUAAGGAGGGUGAUCUAGCAUUGUUCUUGCCGACUAAAGGCCAGCGAACAGGCGCAUGGGCCGCAUUCAACAUCAAUGCACCACACCACUUCCUGCGGGAACGUGAGGGCAUGGUCCUGAAUCGCCGUGAAUGGCUCGUCGCAAGGAUAUCGAAGAUUGAGGAGCGCGUUGUAGACUUGUCAAAACCUUCUGCAUCCUUUGACGGACGCAGCAUCGGCUCUACAAGUGUAGACGCCGCGUCUCUAGAUGAGAUGAACGACAAUCCAUUCGAUCUCUCUGAUGGUCUGACAUGGUACCUUGUCCAUGCAUCCGAAGACAAGCCCGGCGCUCCUAGCACACCAGGUUUAGGCAAAAGCACCGUAGCUAGCUCAUCCGUCGACGCCAAAGGCAGUAUACGCAUGAAACAGCAAAGCAAUCUAAGCGAAGCAGCAAAGACACUUAACAAGAGUCUAGACAGCCGACGCAGCAGCUCAAACUCCAAGAAAGGGCUCACGGCAGGUUUCUUGGGCGAAUCGGUCAGGAGGGGUGAUAGUGGAAACAAUGUCAUAGAUGAGAGCCUGAGAAGGAAGGCUAGUGAGAGGGGGUUGGGUAUCGACUCUUCAGCCGCCACGGCUGCUACAUCUCCACAAUUGGAGUCGACGUCUCAGCAGCAGCAGCAGCAAGCUCAGGUGCGCAAAGAUCUUCUGUGGGGUCCUUGA